AAGAUAACAGCUCUCUUUACGGGACGAACCGACGGACCUUCGCGGUAUUCAUCCCGGGGUGAGUCGUUCCUCUCGACUCGUGCCCUAACCCUAACGCGAAGAGUUCCCUGCCUCCGGCAUGGAUUUCUUCAGAUCGGUCUUCUCUGCGGAUGCCGACCUAUCGACCUCGCAAACCUCUCCUCGUGUCGAUCGCGAUGGCGACUACAACGCGCGAGGAGGUGAGGAUGCCUUUGGCGGCGAAAGCCGUAGUCAUAAUUCUCCGGAAAAUGAUGUCGAUGACAGAGGCGACUCUGGAGGGUGGAUCUUCGGAGGACUAAUCGAGACAUUUGCAUCAAAGUCUGAGUCCAUCAUCCAGACAUACCGCCGCGACCUGGCCGAAUUCAGCUCCGGCCUUAAGGAGGAGACUUCGGUGUUCCGGGAGAUUGCUGCGCGUGCUGUCCGUGAUCUUCCUGGGUCACUUGGGGCUGGUGCCUCGUUGGCCCAGGAGUCCCUAGAGUCUGUCGGGGAGGCCAUCGACGAUUUGGGCGGUUCAGUGUGGCGAGGGACUGCUGGCAUCAUUUCCCAGAGCAGGGAAGCGAUCCUAUCUCUGGAGUCUGGGGCUGAUUCAGGAGAUGAAUCGUCCAGUGAACCAAGGCUGCCGGCCAGUUCCGCUGUCUCUUCUAGGAUUUACAGUCGGUACGAGAUGCUGUUGCUUGCGAUGCAGUCAGAUGUGAGCACCUUCACCGAAGACCCAGAGGACACUGAUAACUUCAGCAAGUGGAGAUCGGAAUUUGAUUUGGCAUCGAAAGCAGAGGAGAUGGAAAAUCUUUGCAAUGAGAAUGACACUUUGGAUGGGUUCCUAAACAAGCUGGUGCCUAGUAUUGUGGAUUACAAUACAUUCUGGUGCCAUUACUUUUAUAAGGCGCAUAAGCUGAAGCAGGCUGAAGAUGCAAGAGCAAAGCUUGUGAAGAGGGUGAUUUCGAGAGAGGCCGAGGAGGAUUUGAGCUGGGAUGUUGAUGAUGAGGACGAGGAGAAGAUGGAUGAAAAACUCAGAAAGGAGGAAAAUCCAGACCAAACUGGUGAUGUUAAUGUGUCUGGAAAACCAGAAGAGGAGAAAGAUAGUGAUGUGCAGUUAAUAGUGGAUACUUCAACAGAGAAAAAAUCUUCAGUUAUAUCUGAAGAUAGGGCUUUGAAGGGAUCGGAUGUGAAGGUUAAUGAGAAAGAGAUAUCAACAUCUAACAAUGCUGAAGAAAGUAAAUUGAUAGUUGAUUCUUUGACCUCCAAGUUGGAUGAAACUGUGCUGACUGAAGGAAAGACAGAUUCUGCAGAGUCAUCCAAGGACAGUGAAUUUUCAAUUAUUUCAAGUCAGAAUUCUAUACCAGAGGAAGAUGAUCUUGGGUGGGAUGAGAUUGAGGAUCUACCAGAGGAUGAAGAGAAGAAACCCGGUGGCUCCAAUGUGACUCUUCUCAAGGUGAAUCUACACAAGAGGCUUAGUGCUGCUGAGGAGGAUGAGGAUCUGAGUUGGGAUAUUAAGGACGAUGAUGAACCCAUCAAGCCUUGAUUUGUGGAUAUAGAUAUGCCUACUUUGAUUGUUUUGCAUCCGUCUUAUCCAAUAAAAUUCUUUCAUGCUGUGAAUAAUUGCAUAUAUGCUUGCUACUUAAUUUGCAAACUAAGUUGGUGUUUCCUCAUUGAACAUGGAAUAUAUGUACUAUAUCUUUAAUUGGAAUGUUAAUGUUUGCUAAUUUUUAUAGAAA